UCAGUUGUAGCUGUACAUUUUCCGCUGCGCUUGCGCUGAAAAGAAACUGCCCCCCGAAAACGUCAACUGUUGUCAAUUGGAGCAGUUGUGAAGAAAAUUUGUACGAGAGAAAGUAACUUCUGCUCGACUGGCUGGCGGGUGUGGAAAAUUGGUGGUUUUCCCCGCAUAAGCAACAAAGGCAACAAACAAUCUUUUUCUAGCUGUAAGCCUCGUCUGGCGACGUGCAUUGGCGCAGGGAUGUAGGAUGGGAAUCGCUGCACCCAGGAAUGGUUUCAGUUUCCCGUUACAUCUCACCAGCAAUUGCGUUUAAUUGAUCCAUUGACAGGGCUGCAAAUCGAGUUUUCUUUUUCCACGGGUGUGCAUAAUUACUGGCCCCGUUCAGUGUAUGCAUGUGCGCGAGUGUAUGUGUGUGUGUGCAUGUACGGUGGGUGCAUGCAUGGAAUAGCUGUGAAACCGUGCGCAACGUAGUUGCAACAUAGUUUUCUGCAUCGCUUCUCUUCGCGUAUAUUUGUUCGCACGUACUGCAGUUGCAGUGAAGUGGUGCACUAGAGAAGGGAAAGAAUUUUCUAUGGGAAAAGAUGAAUCCCACCAGCGCAUCGGCUGCGGCGGCAACGACGGCAGCAACGACAACGGCGGCCGCUACGGCAACGUCAACGACAGUGCCUCCAUCCAGCAUCGGCAAUGGCGAACUAUACUUCCGGCCCUUACCUUAUUUAAGCUUCAAGUGGAUCAAAGCGGACGUUGGUAGGGCGCUUCGAAAUGCGGACGAUUUAGCAAACCUGUGGAACCACCUGAUCCAGGAUGAGGAAGUGAUUACGGAGCGGGUCCAGACCGCCGUGAAUGGAAUGGGAGAGGUGGUGUAUUUGCGCCCGGACGGACGAUACUACUGUGGAAACGCAGCGAUAUCCUGUGACUGCUGCAAGGGCGUGUGUUCAGCAGUUUCCAAAUGCAUUUGCCUGAUAUGCGAAGAGCUUGGCGUACAAGAAGGCGGUGAUUCGUCGGCAGGCCCGGCUACCGGUAGCAACGGUAGUAAUGGAGUGGGUCGGAAAGGCCAGGCGCAAAAUCACACACAAUCCCCGUCCGAGCAACCAUCGACCGGUGACAACUCGGCUAGUUCCGUCUUGCUGGACUCGUGGCUGUGGAGUCCCAUUCCCGGUACGGAGGAUAAGAAAACUUGCAUAAAGAAGCUGAUUGGCGAACAAAGAGAAAUAUGUCUGCAGGCGGCAGCCAAUUGCCUGUCGGCAAAUCGCAUCCGUCAGCUACUGUUUGUGUACCGGCGGUACUUUAUUGCGCUGCAGGAUAUGGGAAUGCACAGAGAAACGGAAGAAAAACACCAUGCUACCGAACUGGCCACCAGCGAGUGCGAUGCAGCGAAGCUGAGCAAAAACUCAAGCCUCGAUCGUACCGCCGGUACGGCAAAAGACUCCGAUAAGGCAACAUUCGGCUUGGCCCGGGUCGGUACACGUGCGGCACUCAAUUUCUCCUUCGCCUUCUUGCGACGCGCUUGGCGUUCCGGGGAGGAUGUUGAACUGUGCAGCGAGUUGCUCUCGGAAGCACUGGAAGCACUGCAAUCGCUUCCGGAAGCCUCGCUGUUUGAUACAUCGCAAAUGUCCUCCUUAUGGAUCGAGGUGGUGGAAAAAUCGAUCAAGUUCCUGCGCCAGGUCGUUCUGGGUGACGUAAUGGGUGGCCGUUGUCUCGUCCCGAAGGCGGACCGGCACAUUGCAUUAAAUCUGCUGCUUGAACUCGGUGCACAGAAAGGAACAUUGGGUGGUUCGCUGGAGGGCGUUUCACUGCUGUUAACGCUGCACGAGAAAGAUCAACAGUCGGACGAUAAUCGAAGCCCGCCACAGAAUUCCGGAGCACCGCUCGUACCGUUGCUGCAUCGCUACGAGCAGAUCGAAAGUUUCGGUUCGUUCAACACGUCGGAUUCGUUCCAUUUCGGUCCAACCGAAUCGUUCCUGCGAUUUCUUACGCUGCCCGAAAACGAAACCACCUGCGUGGAUCUCAAACUGGCUGCCGUUAUCAUUAUCAGUCAUCUAGACCGUUUGGCAAAGCCACACUUGCCCGCUGGCAACUGUUCGACGAAGGGAGCAAGCAAGUACGCGAAUUCGCCGAAAAUAUUCACCCUUGGCUGGAGUGCUUCUGCGCCGGAACUGUACGGAUUUACCGCCACCGAAGCGAUACGUACGGGUUGUGCAAAUUUCGACGCCAUGGUCACCUCGGUAACGGCACCGGGAAGCAUAGACGGGGCAAUGCCGCGUUAUUCGACCGCCACCAUCGAUCUGCUGUACGAUCAGGUGCGCCAGAUCGUGUGUGCAGAGAACUGUGUUUACAUUCUAACCGAUAGCGGUUCCGUGCUGUACCUGUCCCACACCAUCUCGAUGACGGAGGACAAUUAUCCGGAGCGUGUGAAGGGAUUGGAAACCACCAUCGUUCAGCUGGCGGCACACUGCGAGGGUCACCAUGUGCUAGCGCUUGCCACUAAUGGGGACGUGUACUCGUGGGGUAACGGUGAUGGUGGGCGCCUCGGACACGGCGAUACGAACGCGAAAGAGCUGCCCACACGUAUUGUAGCCCUGGCCGAACGGCAGGUGACGGGCGUUUUCUGUGGUUCUUCGUACAGUGCAGCCAUUACGGCCACCGGUGAACUCUACACGUGGGGCCGAGGCACGUACGGUCGGCUAGGACACGGCAAUUCCGAGGAUAAAUAUAUACCGACGCUCGUAACCGCACUGAAAGCGCACCGGGUCGUGCACGUGGCGCUUGGGUGCGGUGAUGCACAUUCACUGUGUGUGACCGACGCAGGGUUAGCGUUUGCCUGGGGAGACGGUGAUUUCGGUAAGCUCGGAAACGAAUCGUGCGUCGGUUCUUCGGUUCCGGUGCAAAUCGAACUGCCGCAGGCCAGUGUAGUGAAAGUGUUUAGUGGUUCCCAGUUCAGUGUAGCGCUGACACGCGAAGGAACGGUGUAUACCUGGGGCAAAGGUCACGGUGGAAGGCUUGGUCACGGCAAUUCUGAACAUUCCCCCGUACCGAAGAUGGUGCAAGUGCUGGAAGGGAAGAAGAUAGUGGAUUUAGCGGUAGGGUUGGCGCACUGUUUGGCGCUCACUGCUUCGGGAGAGCUGUACGGCUGGGGUCGGAACGAUUUUCAGCAAAUUUGUCCCGAAUGCGUCACGCGUGAUCCCAUCAUUCCGACGCCCAUUCUCACCACACCGCCUACGUUACGCGUCGCCGGUAUGUCGGCGGGCGUUGCGCAGAGCUUCUUCUGGUGCCACUCGUCCUCACACGGCAUUCCGGCCAAAAUUCCGUUCGUAGUGGAUCUGAGCGAGCACACGUUCCGGUUGCUGGAUCAGUUGCUGUGUAUGGUGAGCGUUACGUCCACGGACACGUCCCGUCAUCCGCCCAGUCAGGAGGCAGAGUGCAUCGCGGUUGGCACGCUGAAUUUGCUUCGCCUGCAGCUCCAUGCAAUGAUCGUGAACAACGUUCACCCGCGCCAGGUUGGAUUGGUAGAAGGAUCACGGCUGCUGGCUAGCCUAAAGACACGCAUACUUAGCCUGGCAGGUGGACCGGUUGUGUUGAAAACGAUGCAAGAAGCCGCACAAUGGACGCUCCAGGUCGGGUGGAGUAUCAUUCUACCGACGGCAUCAGAACGUGCUCAGACGCUUACUUCGCUAUUGCCAGCCGGACAUGACGGCGGCACGAUGGGUUCAGCGGCCACCAGUGCUGGACACCGGUUCAUGACGGACCUGCUGGUCGGUUCGCUGAUGGCGGAAGGUGGCUUACAAACGGCUCUCAACCAGGCGAUUAACCAUCAUCAAAACCAGAACCCUUUUCAAGCGCAGGAACCGCACGGUGCUGGAACCGGUACACAUCUAUCACUGCUCCACCUGCUGAAACAGCUGCUACGAAACAAUUCCAGCCUAACGCAGGCACGUCUUGGUCAGCUUAUGCUCGGUCCGUAUCUUAAAAUCGACGACGGCUUCUGCUCGUCAGAACCAACCUCACCGAGUCUGGAUUUAUUGCACAAGUUCCAACGCUUGUUGCUUUCGCACCUGUACGCAUCGAAAGCGGAUGAUCUCAGCGGAGCCGAAACGCUACUAUACACCUACAUACAACAGCUGGUCGGACCGUGCGUAAACACGCUCGGCAAAGCGUACGAAACGAUCCUCCAGGGCAAGGACGGUGUAGCGGACAUUCUUCGCAACGACAUUUCCGAUGCGCUGCUGUACGAACUGCUGAUCGGGCUGGUCGUUAUCCAGCAGGAUAAGCCACUGCUGCUGGCAAACUUCGACUGGAACCACCACCUAAUCCCGCUGCUAAACGCUCUCGACGGGUUUAAUCGCCUUACGCACGAAGGCGAAUUGCAGGACACGGACGACAUGGGAUGGCCGGGCAUAAUCAGCCGCGGUGCGUCGAAAGCGAUGCCGGUGCAGGAGGAAUCGGUAUUGAUCCGGCGCAGCGACAUCGACAAUCACAUACGAGAUGGUGGCAAUUGGGUUAUAAUCAACGGGAAUGUGUACGACGUCAAAGACUACUCGCCGGAAAAUGCGCUCACCCAGGAGCUUCUACAACAGCACGCCGGAAAGGACAUUUCGCUCGAGAUUGGCAAUCCUCAGCAUAGGACAGCGUUCGAGUUUAUCACGUCGUACUUGCGUGUGGGUCGUUAUGCGGUUAGCGAGAUGUACGACAGCGCUACCAAUCCACGUCCGCUCGUGACGCUAACACACUUUCACUCCGAAUGUUUACUCGCGUAUCUGCUAGGCCAGCGCGCAAGUAUUCUACAGGUCGGAUCGCCACUGCAACCAGCCGAACUGCAAUGUCGCAAUCUUCUCAACUCACACGUCCUAAGCGGUGGGCUACAGGUUCUGCAACCGUCCAAUCCGUUCGAUGAGGAAAAGGGUGAAGCGCGCAGCAGUGGCUCAACUGCCGGAAGUACGCCGACAGACGCUUCCGCACAGCUACCGAUCGUGGCAGGCGAUGGCGGACCGGUGAUGGGAAGCUGGCCAAUGGUGCUAAUAACACAGCGCGUGGACACGCUACUGUCUAAUUUGGGCGAAGGAAAGAUUACCGAUCCGCUAGUCGCGUCAUGGAUCGGUCUCUGCGAACGCUACUGUAAGGAGCAUCAUCUGAUCUGGCACCAAGAGUUUCCCCCGGAACAUCCAGUCGUCGAGCUCGAACGGCUGCUGAUGGCGGUACUGAUACGGCAUCAGGCUCUCGGGCCGCUUGCACUUGCGGUGAUUGACCGGGAGCUGAGCGGCACUGGUUCAAAGCCACCGCCGCCGAUCGUUAACAUCAUUCGUACCGUGCAUCAAACCAAAUGGGCAAUCGUGAAGAUGCGUCAACAGCUAAACCGCAGCUACAAAGAAGUGUGCGCUCCGAUGAUUGACAAAUGCCGCUUUUUGUUGUACGAAAUCCGACCCGCGAUCAGUCUCGAGCAGCAUGGGCUAGAGCGGCUCCCUAUCCUGCACCGGCCAUCCCGGUUUAAAGCGCUCGUGCGACGCAUCAUAGCGGAGAUGCGUGCAGCCAAACGGCAGCUUAAACUAGCGUGUGCGAAACCCGAAGACAUUGUUAAUGCCACCAUCCAAAGUCAGUUCAGUAGUGGCAAGAUACAGUCGCACGAGAAUCUAAGCGGUUGUGGCAUAACCAAACAACAUCCGCAGCAGCAGCAGCAGCAACAUCUGCACCAGGGCAUUGCACUAGUGACCGGUGUGACGAUCUCCACGGAAAAUCUAGUCAACGAAAACAUCAUCAAGGUGGCCAGUCUGGAAAGUCUCACCGCCACAGGCAAUGUGCAUCGUCGAUCGUCCGUCGAUCGGUCAGCUUCGCCGGUGAUACUGCUGAGCAGCAACAACCCGGCACUGACGAAGCUUGCGUCAUCGAACGAAAACCUGAUCGACACCGACUGUCCACAGCCAGGCGACGGUACGGUGAACAGCAUCGGAGGUGUAGUGGUGGUAGAUGUGACCGGCACGAUCGAGUCUGUUGACAAUGCGGAAGUGGAAGGAAAUGAGAAAAAAAUAACAUUCACCAACGAUGAUCAAAGCAAAACGCCUACGAACGAAAUGAUCGAGUUCCACGGCACUGCAGGAAAGGGAGCGAAAACGUUAGCCCAAGACGGGGAUGAUUUCAUCAACAAUGUGAUCGCAAACUUGAGCGAAAAGUGUCUGCUGGAAUCGUAUCCGGCGGAAUUUAAGACCGGCAUCAGCCAACAAGUCGUCGAUUUCAUCCUGCACGAUCAGUGCGAUGUGGAAACGUUGCGCCGGGCCAUGUACUGCCAGAUACAGCGCUACCAGCUCCGCAAGCAAGGGCUAGAAAUGUUCUACGAAUUGCUGUGCAUCACCGGGCUGUUUGAUGCGGUGCAAUACAAUCUAUUUAACGGAUUUCUCGGUUUGCAUUUGGGCCAUGGUUCCGUACGGUGCCACCCAGCUGUCGGGAAUGGGGAUGGGAUUGCUCAACCGGAACAGCAGCCGCUGCAGCGCGAGUCGGAACAUGUGCUCGACAAGUUGAACAUGAUCACCGCUUACCAGAAGGCGAACAUACUGAUCGCACACGCGAAGAUCAUCGAAUGGGCCGUGCUGGAGCUACAGAAGUACGUGAACCAAGACAAAAUUAACGGACGUCAUCGGACGCACGGCGAGAAGGAUAAUUCGAAUUUGGGAACGUACGUGUUUCUUAAGAAACUGCCACGAGCGCGGUUUUUGCUCAGCAUCUUCGGCAUUCUUUCGCGUACGUACGAAGCGAACGAGCUCAGCUUGCUGGUCAAUUCUGGCAUACUUGGCAGCAUAAUGGGACUGCUGCGCCAGACCGGAGCCGAUAUACCGAGUAACAAGAACACUUCCGACACAUCGGUCAUUUAUGAGGACGUGGUUACUAAUUUAAAAUCUUCAAAGGAAGGUCUUUCUGGGCCAGAACUUACAAAGUUCAUGAAAAUUGGAACAAGAAUCGCUCGUGGCGCUGAUUGGAAGUGGGGUGAACAAGAUGGGCCUGGUGGUGAAGGACGUAUCAUCAGCGAAAUAGGCGAAGAUGGCUGGGUACGAGUCGAAUGGGACAAUGGUUCGACAAAUUCGUAUCGCAUGGGAAAAGAAGGAAAAUAUGACCUCCGUCUCGCCGAUAGCGCUCUAAAGGCUCUAUCCCCCGACAAAGACAGCGAACGGGAAGAUUUCAUCGAUCACGCACUGAACCAUGAGUCGCACCCAACAAAGCUGCUGCGCAAUGUGUGCAUUAAAACGCUGCAGAUGUUGUUCGCCUCGGUCGGUCUCCAUGCCGAGAAGAUGGAACAGAAUGCUCUCCGUGGUGUAGCCUCCCUGUUCCGAACAAUGCUUCAGCCGUAUGAAUUCCGUUCGGGCAUGAGCACCACCACCGUCGCCAGCCACUGUUACAACUUUGGCUUGGAACAGUGGACCGUGCUUGGGUUUUUGCGCGCGAUUUCGUUCACACCAGCGCUCUCCCGCCAGUUGACCACGCCGCUGUGGAUCGAGCUCGCGUUCAAGAUACUAAAUGCACCGAUCGCGAGCAAGAAGGAUGUGUACAAGAAGCUGCAUUGCCUGCGGCUGCUACAAUCUACGCUCGUGAACUGGACGGCUGACGAACGGCCGCGCGUUGACAGCAUCAUUAGUCAGCUGUUCGAUGUGCUGGGUCGGAUCUCACUCACCUGCCCGAACGAUUCGUCGCUACUGUCCAGCGCAAUAGAUGCAAAAUCGCGCGUGCUGUACAGCGCUUCGCACAGCGGCACCGUAGCCGAGGAAAUGGUGGUUUUGAUUCGACGGCUUCACACACUGCCGCUUUGGAAUGAGAGCAUCAAUUCCUUCAUGCAACAGAAACUCUGCUUAACGGCCGACAUUUUCCUGGUAAACGAGCUGGACACCAUUGCGGAGUGUGAGAAGCGUGCGAUCAUGGGUACGCUCGGUACGAUCGGUGGGUGCGAUUCGCGGCCCCGGAUUGGGUUGAACAUAACGCUGGACGGCGUCCGGGGUACGAUAUCGCGCAUGACCAAGAAAGGCAAGGUGGUCAUGAACGUGCAUGGAGCUGCGGAAACGAAGAAAAUCCCCAUCUUUAAAGUGGCCGAGUGUGCAGACGUCGGAGCGUUCAGUCUUUCGAAGGUCACCAUCAGCGAGAUGUUGCUCAACUCUUGGUCCGUUAUGUUUUAUGGUAUUGGGCAGCUGGUCCCACUGAACGGUAGCACGGGCGGCGACGGCUGUGCCAGUGCAGCGCUGCUUCAAAGCCAGCAGAUCAACUUUGCCACAUUAAAAGCAACGAAGGUGCUGUUCCGUAACCAGAGCCUGCUGCGACGUAUUCUCCGGCAGCGAUCACCAGGCUUGACGAAAAGUGCAUCACGCGAAAGUGUAUCGACCGAUGGUGAUAGUCCAGAGCCGGAAGAAGGCAAAACGCGAUCCGAAUCAAACACAUCGGACGAGUCGCAAGCAUUCUACACGGCAGAGCUACUGAUACAGACCAUUCUGUUGCGUGCAACACAGCCAAGCCCGUUGAAAGCGUGCUAUACCUAUCAGGAGAUGGAGCUGGCUGCACUCAACAUCUCACAAAUGCUCGCCAGUCAUAUACAUUAUUCGGUGGGGGAUACCACCGGAGGACCGGCAUCGUCCACCCGAUGCAACAAACGCCCGCUGGCACUGGGGCAGCCAACCAUGAUACAUGGAGUGCCCGUGUACAACAAUGAAGCUGCAUCACUUACCGCUGAACCGGCACCACCACCAGUACCGGCAGCGAUGGGAUCGCUUGACGGUAAUCCAGCGAGCAUCCGCAGCGGACGGGGAGGUCGUACGGCGAACGCUUUCAUCGCUCCUACCCCACUGGUAGCGCAAAUCAUGGAGAUGGGAUUUACUCGUAAAUCGGUCGAGCUGGCGUACAAGAAUCUGAUGCAGCAGAACGAAACUGGCAAUCCGACGGCAGAACAAAUCAUUCAAUGGAUUCUGGAACAUCCGGAAUUGACCGCAAGCUUGGGGCUGAGCUCGGGAGCAAAAGCUGGAGACGGUGAACAGCACGAUCAUGACCUGCGCGGUGGUCACAGCGAUACGGAAAGCGUUAGCUCAGACACUAUGGAUGGAGGUUCCUCGCAGCAAGACUACCAACAACACCUGCACCACCACCAAAACAGCGGUUCCGGAGCGAUGUACAAAAGUCGCGAGGAUUUCAAAUCGACCGAUCAGUAUGCGAUGUACGUGCGUGGCCUCAUCUGCCCGGGAAUGCUCGUGCGCUGUUGUCAAGAGUUUGAAGAGAUACGGAAAGGCGACAUCGGAACGGUGGAGAAGGUGGAACCGGAAGGUUUGCACGAUCUGAAUGUGCGCGUUGACUGGCAAAUGCACGACCGUCCGUACUGGAUGUGUUUUGUACACUUAGAAAUGCUCGAACCACCGUCCACGGUCACCGAUCCAUCCGGGUGUGGAGGUAUCAUGGUUGGAUCGCAGGUACGUCUGUUGCGGGCCCAGGUAUCACGACACCGGUUUCCAUCACUGUCGGCACCGCGUGGCACUACGGGCGUGGUGAGUUCCUUGACCGGGAGCGAGGCUAUAGUGGAAUUUCCGCAGCAAACACUGUGGAAGGGUAGCGUCAGCGAGCUAGAGCUGAUUUCCAAUCCAACAAACUACGGCACGGGAACCGGUUCCAGUGCGCAAAACGGUGCUGGCAGUGGAGCGUUCGACAUCAUCGAUGACUGGUCCCGGUGUAUCCGUGCGUUAUCCGUAUCCUCGAAUGAAGCAUCAGCCAAGUAUCUGCUGGAUCGAAGCACCAACAACUAUUGGCAGAGUGCCAGCACGGCGGUCCAGGGUAAGCACUGGAUAAGACUCGAAAUGCACGAUCAGGUGCUGGUGCAAUCGCUCUCGAUCAUUGUCGAUCCGGACGAUUUCUCGCACAUGCCUUCGCUGGUGGUGGUUCGUGUUGGCGAUGAUAGUUUCUCGAUGACCGAUCUACGUUGGGUAUCGAUCAAUUCAACGACCGUGACGAUGCCACUGCUCACGGAUUGCAAGCAGUAUUAUAGGCUGAUUGAAAUUCGCAUCAAACAGUGUCGCAACAAUGGGAUCCAGUGCCGGGUGCACGGGCUGUCGAUUGUUGGCAAGCGCAGACAAACGGACGUCGACAUGAUGCUUCACAAUGCUGGUUUUCUGGCGUCGGAAAACGAAACCAUUGCCGAACCUAGCUAUUCGACUUCUUCGAACUACGCGGACGAGCCGACCUCGCUGAACGAUGAGGUGUCGUCGAAGGUGUUGGUUUGGGGUCUGAACGACAAGGAGCAGCUGGGCGGACUGAAAGGUUCGAAGGUGAAACUCCCGACGUACUCUUCCGUGCUCAGUCAGCUCAAGCCAAUACAUAUCGCCGGUGGCUCGAAAUCGCUAUUUAUUGUGUCGCAGGAUGGGAAGCUUUACGCGUGCGGCGAGGGAACGAAUGGAAGGCUUGGUUUGGGCCACAACAAUAAUGUACCCACGCCGAAACAGGUGCCGAUACUGAGCCAAUACGUAGUGAAGAAGGUAGCUGUCCAUUCGGGUGGCAAGCACGCGAUGGCACUUACGCUGGAUGGGAAAGUAUUUUCCUGGGGCGAAGGCGAGGACGGCAAGCUGGGCCACGGCAAUCGGUUAACGUUGGAAAAACCGAAGCUGAUUGAAACGCUGCGCACAAAGCGCAUCCGGGACAUUGCGUGCGGAUCUAGUCACAGUGCGGCUAUCACCAGCUCCGGAGAGCUGUAUACGUGGGGUCUGGGUGAAUACGGACGCCUGGGCCAUGGAGAUAAUUGUACGCAGUUGAAACCAAAGCUUGUGACCGCCCUGCAAGACCAUCGUGUAGUGCAGGUGGCUUGUGGAAGCCGGGACGCACAAACGCUCUGUCUGACGGAGGACGGUUUGGUGUUUUCCUGGGGCGAUGGAGAUUUUGGCAAGCUCGGCCGCGGUGGCUCGGAAGGAUGUUCCACGCCGCACCAGGUGGAUCGGCUGAACGGAGUGGGCGUGAUGCAGAUCGAAUGUGGAGCACAGUUUAGCCUUGCGCUUACGAAAACUGGUGAGGUGUGGACCUGGGGAAAGGGCGACUAUUACCGACUGGGCCACGGUACAGACCAGCACGUUCGCAAACCCACUCCCAUUCAAGGGCUGCGUGGAAAGAAAGUAAUUCACGUGGCCGUUGGAGCUCUGCACUGUCUCGCCGUCACCGAUAGUGGGCAGGUGUUCGCAUGGGGUGAUAACGAUCAUGGCCAGCAAGGAUCGGGAAACACAAUUGUUAACAAAAAACCGAGUCUCGUGCUGGGAUUAGAUGGCAUCUUCGUUAAUCGGGUAGCGUGUGGUAGCUCUCAUUCAGUGGCCUGGAGUUUACCGCAGAAUCAAACCGAGAAGGAUAAGAAGGAACCGGUUGCGUUUGCCGUAGCAAAGGACCCGCUCGGAAGCCACAGUUUGGGCAUUUACGCGUCGGAUACGGAAGCGACCACUUCCUCCCCUUUACCAGUCUCGAGCAGCAGCAAACCGCAGCGACCAUCACUGUCCGAGAUUGUGCUCUCGUUGGAGACGGCCAGCGCCAGACAAGCCGCUUUGUCGCACAUCAUCAACGCCAUGAGCAUUCUGCAUGCCCGGGCAUGCAUAAUAGCGGCCCUUACCUGCCACUCGCAGGUGAGUGCGGCCGAUAAGGUGUCCACGUAUGGGCACAGUGGAGAUACCAUGGCGCGACCUGUGUCGCCUAUAUCAGAGGGCGAUGAAACGGGUGCCGGGAAAACGACGGUUGCCGAGAGUACACUGGCCCAACAGAACGAAACUAUAGCGCACGGUGGAGGAGAAGGGCCGGCAGAUAUCGCUGGCCUAACGGCAGUUACGGCGAACGAGUUUCUUGAUGGUGAUAUCCCGAUCAUUUCCGGCAUGAAUAAUACGCUCGGUGCGUAUCGCAGUCUAACCGGAUCUCUGUCACUGUCUGCCUCGAUUUCGAGCUGCAAUGCGACGCAGCGCCAGUCGAAAAUGUCCGCGAGCGCAAUGUCCGUAAUGGCCGCUACAAUGACGCAUCAUGAUGAGCUAAUGAACGAAGCUAACGCUAGCAACCUGGACGAUUUUACAGCAUUACUCGGGGAAGCGGAAGCAAAGCAUCUGAUAGAAUUGCUAAAGCUAAGCGUUUUUGGCCGAACCGGUGCAACCAGUACAUCAGAAACCAUUGCCAGCACGCUGAUUGCGCUUGCAAAGUCAAACGCCACCAUCGCCAAUAUGCUAAUCGAAACGUGCAUCACCGAGCUGGAGGAUUUGUGCACAUCACGCCAUUCCUUGGGCAAGCUUCCGAAGCCAGUGGUGCAGGAAACGAGCCAUCCCUACAUUGAUGACAUCAUACUAGUGGGACACGUGAAAAUACCCGGAGCCGAAUCACUCCGCAUUGAGUUUGACAGUCAAUGCUCCACAGAACGCCGCAACGAUCCGCUGAUAAUCUUCGACGGAUCGGGUAACGUGGUUGCGACGCGCUCCGGCCGUGAGUACGCUCAGUGGGCCCAGGAAAUUCGCAUCCCGGGCGAUCAAAUGCGCUGGAAAUUCACUAGCGACAAUUCAGUGAAUGGAUGGGGAUGGCGAUUCUACGUACACGGGAUUAUGCCCGAAUCCUACCUACAAGAGCUGGGAUCGGAUCGGACCGUUCUCUCGCAGCCUUCAAUUGCGCUCGUAAUGGCUUUGCUGGACUCGCUACCAGUUCCCACAUCGAACACCAGUGUGCUCAUACGCCUAACAUCGGCGCUGUCCCAGUGUGCCCAGCUCGGUUCAUUGACUGUAGCUCAACGUAUAUGGUCGUUGAAGAAGAUGCAUCAGCUGCUCUGCAGCAGUAGUGUAACCCCAGCAAAGGAUGGAACACCCAGGCCGCUGGAUGCCGCUGUGACCGAUAUACUGACGCCACUCGUACCGAUUAUCUUGCGGCAGUACGAGUACGAAGAACCGCAAGUCCGAAGCGGCAUUCAUCUGAUGCACUCGGAGUAUUUCAAAACACUCGUAGCACUAGCGUGCGAUAUGCAUAUGGACACGCUGCUAUUGCCCCAGGCAGAUCCACACCGUUGGGCCUGGUUCCGACGUUACUGUGCAGCAGUUCGUGUCGCCCAAGCCCUCACACGCCGUACGCAUCUGCCGCCUGCAUUUUGUUUGGAAGUGCGCAAAAAACUUGCCGAAAUAGCUUCACCAGCGACUCCCGCACAAGCAACGGUGGUCGGCGUGAGUGCUAGCGGUCAGAGCGGCCCUACCGAGGGCUACAGCUCGCUCAUCCAACACACUUCUAGCCAUUCGAGUUUGCUUAGCCAGAGUCAUCCGCUCGCCUUCGAUUUGACCAGCACUAUCAGCAGUAGUAGCACCACGACCAGUAGCAGCAGCACCGGAACGACCACCAUCACCGCCGGAAGCAGCGAUUCUUUGCCAGCGAAUGCGACCGGUAACGAGGCAACAAAGUAUCUGCACGAAGAUCACGGCUACUUUACACCGCAAUACGAUUCGCAGCUUCUGCAAUGGUUCAACAGAAGGCCGGAAGAUUGGGCCUUCUCGUGGGGUGGCGCUAGUACAAUUUUCGGCUGGGGCCACAACCACCGUGGCCAGCUCGGUGGAUUGGAUGGAAGUCGCAUAAAAAAUCCAACACCGUGCGAAGCGUUAAGUUUACUGCGCCCGAUACAGAUAGCGGGCGGUGAGCAAACGCUGUACGCGGUAACACCCGACGGAAAGCUGUACGCAACGGGUUACGGUGCGGGCGGCCGGUUAGGUGUCGGGGGAACCGACUCUGUGACCACCCCAACGCUCGUCGAAUCGCUGCAGCAUGUGAUGAUCAAGAAGGUGGCGGUGAAUUCGGGUGGCAAGCACUGCCUUGCGCUAUCCUCCGACGGAGAAGUGUUUUCGUGGGGGGAAGGUGAGGACGGAAAGCUGGGCCACGGCAACCGAGAUAGUUACGACCGGCCAAAGCUGAUCGAAUCCCUGUCGGGGAUCGGUGUCGUCGAUAUUGCGUGUGGCAGUGCCCAUUCUGCUUGUAUCACCAUCCAAGGACAUGUGCUGACCUGGGGCAAGGGCCGCUACGGUCGGCUGGGACACGGCGAUUCCGAAGAUCAGCUGCAACCAAAGCUGGUGGAAGCGUUGCUCGGCUAUCGUGCGAUUGAUAUCGCAUGUGGAUCGGGUGAUGCGCAGACACUUUGCAUCACGGACGAUGACAAUGUGUGGAGCUGGGGUGACGGUGACUACGGCAAGCUUGGUCGCGGAGGUUCCGAUGGUUGCAAGGUACCGAUGAAGAUCGAAAGUUUGGCCGGUUUGGGCGUGACGAAGGUCGAAUGUGGUUCACAGUUCUCGGUAGCUCUCACACGCUCCGGAAGUGUGUACACCUGGGGCAAGGGUGACUACCACCGACUGGGCCACGGCAAUACGGACCAUGUACGGCGGCCGAAAAAAGUUGCAGCACUGCAGGGAAAGAAAAUCAUCUCCAUCGCUACGGGAUCGCUGCACUGCGUUGCUUGCAGCGAUGGAGGUGAAGUGUUUACCUGGGGCGACAACGACGAGGGCCAGCUGGGCGAUGGAACUGUCACAGCAAUACAGCGCCCACGUUUAGUGCAAUCGCUGCAAGGGAAACACAUCGUGAAGGUGAUCUGCGGGUCAGCACACACGCUCGCAAUUUCCACGUACCAGCUAAGUGAAGCGGUCAGACCACCACCCUCACCACCCCUCGAGUAUGAUCUGGUGCGCGACAUUGCACCGGAAGUGCUUCACGCUCGAUUGGUGCUGCUGCAUCAUUUCUCGGAGCUGCUCUGUCCCUGCCUGGCCAUGCUGCCGAUCGCCGGAUCUCUUUCACUGGCCUCCCUGAAGGAUGUGCUCGUUUACUCGAUCAAGGAAACGGGUUUCCGGAAGGUCAUUCAGACCACGAUGGUACGGGACAAACCGCACGGCCCUGUCAUAGAGCUGAACCGCAUCCAGGUGAAGCGAUCGCGAAUGCGAUCCGGCAAUGGACUUGCCGGUGUCGACGGUAUGAAAAGCGUGUUCGGGCAGAUGGUGCAGAAGCUGCCGCUACUGACACAGGAAGCCCUGUCGAUGCCGCAUCGUGUGUGGAAGGUGAAGUUUGUUGGCGAAAGUGUCGACGACUGUGGCGGCGGCUUCAGCGAAUCGAUUGCAGAGAUGUGCGAUGAGCUGCAGAACGGUAGCGUCCCAUUGCUGAUACAAACGCCCAACGGUCGCGGUGAUGCUGGAGCUAAUAGGGACUGCUUUUUGCUGGAUCCGACGCUUACCACCGUCCUCCACAUGAAUAUGUUUAGGUUUUUGGGUGUGCUGAUGGGUAUCGCCGUACGGACAGGAUCGCCAUUAAGUUUAAACCUUGCUGAGCCCGUGUGGCGUCAGCUGUGCGGAGAAGCGUUACGUCCGUCCGAUCUGACGGAAGUGGACCGCGACUACAUCACCGGAUUACUGUACAUUAGGGACGUGGAAAGCGAUCCAAAGGUGUUUGCAUCGAUCGAGCUACCCUUCUCUACACCCUCUGCCAAAGGCCACGAAGUUCCAUUAUCUACCAAAAAUACUAAAAUAACGCCAGAAAAUCGUAACGAGUAUGUGAAGCUUGCGCUCAACUAUCGCAUUCACGAGUUCGACGAGCAGGUGAAAGCCGUCCGAGAUGGUAUGUCGAAGGUAAUACCGGUCCCAUUGUUAUCGCUCUUCUCUGCCGCCGAGCUGCAGGCCAUGGUCUGCGGUUCGCCAGACAUCCCACUCUGUCUGCUGAAAACCGUCGCCACGUACAAGGGCGUCGAAUCGACGUCCUCUCUCGUGCAAUGGUUCUGGGAGGUGAUGGAAGAGUUUACCAAUCAGGAACGGUCACUGUUUCUACGCUUUGUCUGGGGGCGCACCCGGCUGCCUCGAACCAUAGCCGACUUUCGAGGGCGCGAUUUCGUGCUGCAAGUGCUGGACAAGUACAACCCUCCAGAUCAUUUCUUGCCCGAAAGCUACACCUGCUUUUUCCUGCUGAAGAUGCCCCGUUACUCGUGCAAGGCCGUUUUGCAGGAGAAACUCAAGUACGCCAUUUAUUUCUGCAAAAGUAUCGAUACGGACGAGUAUGCUCGGGUCGCGAUGGGUGACCCCACCGAGGCGACUGGCAGCGAGGAUAACAGCGACAUUGAGUCGGUAUUGUUUUAAAUUAGCCCCACCAUCUUGAGGCUCGAUGGUGGUAUCGUGUACCGGCUAGUUUACGAUGAACCGGAACAAAAGAUACCGCAAUGAAGUGCGUGCUGAAACGUGUCGGCAAACACACACACGUGCCUCACUCAUCUCCUAGGAGCUUACUCGACUGAUUAAAUUGACUGAAACAUAAACCGUGCAUCACACGUGUUCAUUCAGGUUCAACAGGAGCUAAAACUGGAUCUCCGUUUGGUUGUUACUUCACCACGUUGUGUCCCAUUUGCUUGACCCAUUCCAACGAGAGCGUUUUGUAAAUGGGAAAGUCUUGGAACUGCGAGCGCUUACGGAAUAGCAAUGCUGGAUUGCACUUUUUUGUGUUGCAAAAACCUUUUCCUAUCUUAGAAAGUUUGCUUUAACACAUUCCAGAACAAAGCUAAAGAACAAAUAAUUAUCCAUUGGUAGAUUGAACGACGGAAACCUGUACGAAAUUGCAGUCACGACAUUACUUGAAAAGCGGUGCGAUGGUGCGAUAGAGAGAAUAUAAGUUUGUUAUCGAAAUGAAGCAUAAAGAGACACAGAUCUUGCUCGGAGCAGCGUAGCGUAGAGGAAAAGCCUCCGCCUUUUAUGUGCAAUUUGAUUUCCGACGAUAGAUUGAAAUUUGUUGAAGAGCUAGAUAAUUUAUUAACUGAUCGAUAGAUCUACCCCAAUCGAUGCGUUUCCAUUUGCCACUAGGAACUAGCCUAACAGCGCGCAGUAAGUUUCUUUGCCGAUCGGGUGCUUGUGUCCAAAGGUAGAUACGUGUUUCUCAAAAAAAAAGCAACGGAUUUAGAGCACAGUUUCUUCGUAUCAGCUGACAAGAGGUGUCUGCUAAACCGUUGUAUUCUUAGUGACAUUAAGUAAUGAGGUGUUGCACAAUUGUACAACAUCCGUACAGUACUAUUACGCAUCAUCGUGCCGUAGGGAGAGACUAGGUCGCUUUGUUUGCUCUGAUAAUGCACUAGCAGUAGCGCAGUCAAUCGUUUCACGAAGAACACGGUAACAGUAUCGUAACAUUUUUAGAGCACACUAGAGGAGGCUUCACGCAAAAGGUAAGUAGUGUUGUGCAUUUGCGAUUAAAAAAUCAGAAUCAACCCCAAUCAACGGAGGUAUAUAUUAACGAGUCAUCGAGGUGAGAUAAUGAGGUGUACUAGUAGCAGUAGUUCAUUACCAGCCACUUGUCUGCAUGUGGCUAAAGAUGAGAAGAUUAAUAUGGCGUACGCAGAUCGCGUGUAGUAUUUCUGUGCUAACACUUAGGCAAGCUGCGGAGUAGAAGUUAGCUGUUAUAAACAGGAGCGCGACUAACAAUGCACUAGUGUGCAAUUUGCAUCAGUAUACAGGCAACUCUGCUGAGGAUAAUUUAUUUUAUUUAUUUAUUGUUUGUCCGUUCGGACACGUUUAAUAUUCGGUGGUGACGUUUCUACAUCGGUUUCGGCAUCCUGUGUUAUUACGUGCUACGGUAUAGCUUUGCGUAGGAUCCGGUAGGGCAGCACUAGCAAGCACCGCCGGACAGGAGCAAGAAUGAAACUCCAUCCAAUCCAAACACACGAUCAGUAACAAGCACGGACGGACGGUCCAGAGGAUGUUAUUAAUUAUUGCCUGCACUCGCUCUACACGCCGCCUUGUAUUUGUACGUUAUUUCUACAGAGAGCAAGCAUUAGUAAGUCAGGCAACUGCACUCGCCGUCCCAUUUACCCAUUUCCCCUGGGCUCAGCACUGUGAUUGAUGUUUUUCCUACGUUCAUUUGCUAAAUGUGUGUCUGUGUGUGUGUGUGUGUGUGUGUGCGCGCGCGCGUUUGUAUUUUCUUUAAGCACAACUCUUUCUCUCGCUCGGUUCAAAUUUCCAAUCCCAUAACCUGCCGAUAAAAUUGUGCUGAUGGAAGCAGCAAACGGCGCAGGGGAAUGGCGGCGAAGGGGAUUGUGUACUAAAUCAUACCAUAUUGUGGAAAGUAAGAAAAUGAAAUCUCAAAAUAAACAAUCACUUUAGAGUAUAGUUGUACCUUCCGCGUACUAAGUAACCGAUUA